UCCACCCCCAGGAAAACUUGUCCUUGCCUCUGCUCUUAAUUUUCGACAAUGGACGUUCUUGCUGAUGCGUUGAAGAAUACGAACUUGGAAGAAUUGGAUACGAGCAUGCUCGAAGAGGUUGUCGCGGAUGAGGAGGUUGACGCAACUCAAGAGGAGCUUGUCACAACUUUGGACCAUUCCAUCUACAAUCCCAAUUUACCGGAGACGAUGCAAUUCGGGGGGUAUACUGUCUCCGUUACAAGGAGUAGUACUCAAGUUGCCGGGUACCUUAUGACGCUUGAUACAGCCCACAAGGUCGCCCAGAGAAAUGGGUUUGAGUACGAAGGAAAACGCCACAAGAUUUGGGGUACACCAUACUCCCAGGACGAGGUGUUCGAUGAUUACUUCGCCAAGAUCGACAAGCUCGACGUAAAAGCGGCCAUAGCUCGUGGAUACGAAGAGAAUUCACGUCUUCUCCUGAUCAUCACGAGCGCAAUGACGGUACCCUGGCCCCACCCUCCCCCAGUCACUAUUCCCGACGCGAUCGAGGACGAGGGGGCAUUAGAAAUAAAGGAUUGGUUGGUGAGCCUGGGGGCCGACGUAACUGAUUUGGAGUGGGGUUCGAGGAUAGAUUGGUGGGAUAUCGAUUUGAAAGAACCGAAAUUUACGCCGCAGAGGAUCAACCCGAACCCUCCCAAGCCAGCCAGCCUGUGGAUGGCAAUCAAGCCAGGACAUUCGAUGCUUAGAUCCGAGCAAUUGGAGAGGUGUAAGUGGAAUGAGGAGACAAUGGAGAUCAUUCCAGGCUCUUGGAAUCAGGAGGGAGAGGACGAUGUAAAGGUUGAUUCCGAGGGAGGAGAUGCUAAUUAGCUUCGCGUAAGAAGAUAAUGAGAUCGAAUAAAUUUAGCCGAGCAGAGCGAUUGAGG